UGCGCGAGAUCCAGCAGCACGACCGCGCACAUCCUCGGGCCCUGGAAUGAAGCCGCUCGUGAGGCCCCGUUUCCUGUUUGCGCGCACGCCCCGCCCACUCGGGCAGUGAACGCGUGACCGCGGCGGCACGUGAGAAGUUCGACUUCACGCAAAGACGGAAGUAAUUACAAAUUGUAUCCAACAUGAACAAAGUCCACAAAAUAUGAUAUUUUAUUGGACAUAUAUAAGUAGGAAGCGUGAGUUAUUUUGCGACACUUCGUCAUGUUUACCAGCAGAGGACGCCAGACCACGUCAAUCAGUUUACAGGUUCAUUUGUAUAUGAAGGUGUACCUAAUGGAGUGUCCACUGGGCUGAGGACCUGCGAGAGUGUGCACACGCACGGGCGCGUCCUCGAGUGCGUGCACGCGCACUCCAGUUGGCUGAGCGGCAGGCAGGCAGGAAGGCGCGCGUGCAGCUCGUGGUCGUCAUCGUCGCGUCUCCUUGGCGGAGUAAGGGCCCGCCUCCAUGAGGUCGUCUGACCUGGGCCCCGCCCCGCCAGCCUGGUUCUGGUGGUGUUGAUACGACAAUCAUGGCCAGCGUUGCUUCCUCAGCGGCUGACGGCGGCCAGCAGACCAGCGAGCGGCCUGCCUGGACCAACCUGACCGUGGUGCCGCUGGGCGUUGGCGGGCAGCAGCUCCUCUCAGACUCUCUGUGCAUCCAGGGAUUCGAGUGCCCGCUGGACCUCAUGGCACCAGUCAACCCCAUCAUGCCCCCCGACAUGCAGCCGGCCAAGGAGAUCAUCCACUGCAAGAGCUGCACUCUCUUCCCUCAGAAUCCGAACCUGCCCCCUCCUUCGAUCCGCGAGCGGCCUCCCGGGUGCAGAACGGUGUUUGUGGGGGGUCUGCCAGAGAACGCCACCGACGACAUCAUCAGGGAGGUCUUCGGCCCGUGUGGCGAGAUCAUCGCCAUCCGCAAGAGCAAGAAGAACUUCUGCCACAUUCGCUUCAGCGAACAGUUCAUGGUGGACAAAGCCAUCUACCUGUCAGGAUACCGGAUGCGUAUCGGGUCCAGCACGGACAAGAAGGACUCAGGGAAGAUCCAUGUGGACUUUGCUCAGGCACGAGACGACCUGUACGAGUGGGAGUGUCAACAGCGGCUUCUGGCCAGAGAAGAACGACACCGCCAGACGCUCUGGGAGAACUGCCUGCAGCCGCCGUCUCCGGCGCCUGUCGUGCACUUCUCUGAGCACGAGGCGGCCAUGUUGGCAGAGGGGCUGAAAGACAACCAGCAGUUCAGCCAGGCCACGGCUGUGCUCCUCACCUGGAUGGAUCGGGGCGAGGUCAACCGUCGCACCGCCAACCAGUUCUACUCCAUGAUCCAGUCGGCCAACGGUCACGUGCGCCGGCUGAUGAGCGAGAAGGCGCAGCACGAGGAGGAGAUGGAGCGCGCCAAGGAGGCCUUCCAGUGCGCCCUGGUGGCCAUCUUGACACAGUUCGAGCAGAUCUCAGCCGUGUUCGCCGCCGCCAGCAGACAAAAGGCGUGGGACCAUUUCUCUAAAGCUCAGCGCAAGAACCUAGACAUUUGGCGCAAGCAGUGCGAGGAGCUGACCAAAGUCCACGGUGACGAGAUCGUGGGAUUCCGACGCGAAGAGGAGAUGGAGAUGUCGGAUGAAGACUCCGAUGAAAGCCCGUGCAAGAAGAUGCGCUGUGAGGACAACGAUCAGAGGGAGGCGUGUCUUCGAGAGGAGAACGUCUCCCUGCGAUGGCAGCUGGAGGCUUACGUGAAGGAGGCGGAGCUCGCCAGGAAGGAGGCGUGCAGAGAGGACAACAACAAGGACGCAGUCGGGUGGAACCUCCCGGACACUUCCCUGCAGCUGCUGCAGCAGCAGCUCCACAGACUGCAGGAGCAGCUGGCGAGCAAGGAGGCGGAGUUAGAGCAAGCGAGAGAGGAGCAUCACUUCCUGGAAGGGGAGGUGCUCUCGCUCCAAGACAAGGGGGUCAGCGGGUGUCCCCCAUCAAUGUACCUCAGCAUGGGCAGGAGAAGAAACGUCGUCCUUUCCGAAAAAGAGGCCCUGCUUCUGGGUGUGAUUUCGACCUUCCUCCAUGUUCACCCAUUCGGAGCCAACCUGGAGUACUUGUGGUCUUACAUGCAGAGACUCGACUCCAAGGUGUCGGCGGGGCAGCUGGAGCGCCUCAUGGUUCGACUGCCGCUUAUGUUCAGGCAGGAACUGAGCGGCGUGGGAGCCACUUUGGAGAAACGCUGGAAGUUCUGUGGGUUUGACAGCCUCACUUCGGGAUGACCCAGGAUACACACACACACACACACACACACACACACACACACUCACGCACACAGUGAUUGACGCAGUGGGCGGCGCUCACGUUGACACUGAGGUGGUGAACGUUCACCGCCUCCGGGGACCUCCGUGACCUGCAGGGGUGUGUGUGAUGUCACACCGACACAAACUGCGUUUUCCUACUGAUGAGAAUCUUGUAUUGGGGACUUUUGGCAUCAAGCUCCGCCUACUUUCAUGUCUCAAUCCUCGCGGAUGUUUUUCUUUUCUGUUCUAACGUCAGUCAAAGGCUUCAAAUCUUUGUGUUUGCUUUUGAUGAAUACGGAGAUUUUUUUUUAUUAAAGAGGAAAUCGUCAAAACGAGCUCGGUCGUGAUUUUUUUUUUAGUGCUGUGGGCGGAGCCUAUCCCUUCGGACUGUUCACCUGACAAUCACUAGUAUCUGAUUGGUGUUUAUUCUAUCAUUAUACCAUAACUAUACGGUAGGGAGGGGAUUCAUAUGGCCCCAUUCAUGGCGGUUUACCCGACACGUGAAACGUGACGAAUUCGCGACAUGCGCUAUCCACUUUAGCUGCCAGAUGGCAGUAGGGUGUUGAAUAUCUUAAAAGGUGUUUUGUGGCAAUUCUAUCUUUGACCACAGCAUCAGUUGCUGUGUAGAGUGACACUUUUGAUCAUUUUCAGCAGACUGCAUUCCUCUUACGCGAGAUCCACCCAAGAAUGGGGCCAUAUGAAUCCCUUUUCUUCUGUAUGUCACUAUUAUAUGCAUCAUAUUAUUAUUAUUAGGGGUGUCCAAAGAAUUUUU